CACAUUUUGUUUUAUAACAUUAUUCAGGCCGACACGACGAUAUACUAGGAGAAUAAGCCAAUAAUAAUCCACAAAAAUUAAUCUAUAGAUAGACUCCUCCUCCCAUAUCUAGGAAUUCACAAAAUCUUCUUAAACCUGCAGAGUAGAAGAAACAUGGCAAGUAGUGAAGCAAUAACAGCCACACUUCCAAGGUUCAUCGUCAUCAAAUCGAAAGCUUAUAGUGAUAAAGGCAAUGUGCAUUUCAAGAGCGAUGGUAGGUCCGUAGUUGUGGGAGAAGAGGACGUAUUGAGCACGCCGGUGAAGAUUGAAGUGGAGCGUUCUACCACCAACGCCAAAUAUGUGAACCUACGAUUCGUCUAUUUCAACAGGUACUGGCAGCGGAAAGAAAACGACAAAUUCAUCGUUGCAGAAUCUGACCAGCCUGAAGAGGACGUCACUAAUUCCUCUUGCACCUUGUUCGAGCCGGUCAAGGUGGAUGAUAACGGCGUCUUCUACUUGAGCCACGUCCAGAGCGGAGGCCGUUUGUCAGUAGAUGGCCAAACCAUGGCCCUCUAUGUAGAUGAGCAGAAAAAUGGGGAUGAGGAGAAAGGUUACCUCACUUUUGUGGAUUGGAACACAUUAGUUAAAAUGCCGGGGAGCGUAGCGUUCAAAGGGAGUAAUGGCAAGUAUAUCAUGCUGGAUGGGUCUCUAUUGCUGUUUAAAUCUGAUGAUCCGAACGACAAAACAACCAUCUGCGUGGUGGAGCAGAAGCCGGAAGGACAUGUCCAUAUAAGGCAGAGGGAAUACGAUGAUGAUUAUUUCUGGGCAGUAAGAACACCGGAAUUAUUGGUGUCCGGUGUUGCUUCGUCUUUAUCUCCUCCUUCAACCCAGCUCUAUAAUUUCUGGCCGGUCAUAAUGGAUGAUAAUACAAUCGCGCUCCGCAGUGAAUACAACAACAACUUCUGCUGCUAUCUGUAUGACGAUUAUGGUAUCAUGGACGGUCUAUGGGCAAGAGCUUCCACGGUCACGAAAGACGCAAUACUGCAAGUGCACGAGUCCGUGGUGGGAAGAAAGAUCUAUAACGUGGUGUAUCAGAUGGAGUAUGCUCGGAUCUUCGAUGAGGUCCCUUACUUGGCAGGCUCAGAAACGCUUACUAACGACGGAGAUAAGGAGGAUUCCAUGGCGGUGUCAAUUGAGUAUACAGACGAGAAAUCUUAUACUUUUAGCCGGAGCAUUUCGUUGACAGCAGGGGUGUCCGCCAGCAUCGAAGCUGGAAUUCCCUUCAUUGAAAAAGCAACUAUUCAAGUGCAUUAUGAGAUAAGCGGGGCGUUGCAGUGGGAUGAAACCACAACAACUACAACGUCGGUUACAGCCACUGGGACCGUUCCUAUACCUGCGAAGACUAAGGCUACGGUUGAUUAUGUGGGAACAAGAGGCACCUGCAAUAUUCCUUAUUCUUACACUCAGGAGGACAAGAGCUCCAUUGAUGGCAAACCGAUUUAUACUGAUCUGGUUGAUGGUAUUUACACUGGCGUCAGUUAUUACAACUUCAACUUUCAUGUUAGAGAUACCAUGCCACUUUGAACACCCCCAAAACAUCCAUAACCUUUGCAUUUUCUUCUACUCUUGUUUCUGUUUGUGUGCUUUGCUUGUAAGUUUCUUUCAACGUU